GUUAACGGGAAACAGAAGAGCACAGUCUCCCCUCGUAGUAGAGCAGGACCUGAAUAACAUCACAAACUGAGAAGUCAGUAAUCAAACUGAAUAUACGAACAUGGAAAAACUAAAUGAGGAUGCUCCACACACAUAUUGAUUUGUUUGAAUAGCCCGGCUUGAGGAGGAGAAAAAAAAAGGCUGACACUUCCUACAACAAUCAUCAUGCCUUCGCUGAAUGCUCUGCAGCUGCUGUGCCAGAAACACAAAUGUCGAUGUUAAUACUGGCGCGUGUUGAAAGCUGUUAUUUUCACGACACUGGAGAAGAAAUCAGUCUUUAGCGCUGCAAAUGCUCUUUUUUUAAAAUACAACUUUUGCACGACUUAAACAAGAAACGGUGACAAAGACACACAUGGAGAGCUUGUGUGCGAGAGAUAAGAGCAAAAAAAAAAAAAAAAGGAGGCAGAUAAUUUGCAUCGAGCGGCCAACAUACCUGAACCAGCGAGGGAAGAAAUGUUUUAUAAAGGAUUAGACUCUUCUUUCUGCCUGCUCUCAGUCGGACUUCAAACCUUCCGGGUCGCCUGCUGUUCACUUCUGGGUGCUGCAGGCGUCUCACAACACUGAGCUGAAACAGAUUUUUUUCAACCCAUUUUCUUGUUUCUAUUUUAACGCUGGGUGUGGCUUGAUAGGCACUCCAGAUCGGCUGCCCACAUGGUGCACAAGCAAAGAAAAAGCCAGGUGCAGCAGGGAGCAAAGGAAGUGAGGGGGGAGGAGGUCAUUAUCCCUAUGAGGGCGGAGCAAAAAGUGAGGUGGAGAGAAGGAUGAAACAUUUGAAGCUUAUACUGACAUGCUGCUCUGAAGGCUCCUGUGAGUCCAGCCAUGGAUGGUGUGUUGGAAGGAGCAAUAGUGUUAUGUUUGUGUAAACUGGCCUGCAGUCUGCUCUUGGUGCCAUCACUGACUUCCUCCUACAGCCCCGUCAGCUUCUGCUGCAGCUGCCUCCUGCUCUUCACUGACUUCCUGGUCACAGUUUUUCUGAGUUUCCUUUGGAUCUCAGAGUCCUGGUUCUCAGAGCUGACCCUACAUGGCGACGUCAUUGCCCUGCGCUUCCUGAUCUUCCUCAGUGAAACAUACGGUGAAGUCCUGAUCCUGAUCACACCUCUGAUCGCAGUGGAAAGUAUGUUCAGACUGCCAUGGCCUCACUCUGUUGUCACUCUCCGGAUGACCUGUCCGAAACUGGACUCUAACAAACAGCUUUGUAAUGUCGUGGAGGUAAAUGUGAAAGAGGAGAAGGCCAGAAAAGACAGUGAAGAAACAGAAAAGAGCUGGUCUCAUGUUGUCAGCUACCUCUGCUGCCUGUCAGUGUGGGUUGCUGUCGGCCUUAAUGUCAGGAGGCGAUGGAUGCGGGAGCAAGUGCAGGCGGUUGCCUGUUUGCGCACAACCAACUCCCUUGUCAGAUGUUUGCCCAACCUGUUCAACCACAUGCCAAGCGCUGUGAAUCCCUACUGGGGCAUGGCCUUCCUCUUCUUCCUCCUGAUCCCCUUAAUCCUCCUGACCAUGAGCCUGGGCCUGAUCAGACGAUACCGGGCCCCUGCACAGACACACAGAGAGAAACCUGGAGUUAACAACAAUGGCGACAGUUGCUAUAAAGACCCUGUUCCAACACUGUCUUUGCCCUCCAGGACUGUGAACCCUGGGAUGGUGGGGUUUGAGCCAGCACAGUGUGUUGACCCAGAGAAAACAGAGAGCAGCUGCACUGGUCACAGAGCGUAUUCCUGGAACAGCGUGCAGAUGUCAACAUAUCACCAUGGAGACUUUGUCCUCAUCUCCCCUGAGUGCUUGUCUGCAGAGAGAGGACAGAAUCAUGAGAGGACAAAGAGAGCUACAUGUGCAUUUCUCCAGGAGAAACAUGUGGACUCACAAUACAGGAGCCAGAGCGGGUGGCAACAGAGGGGUUUUCCCUGCCCAGGGGUGAAUGUAAUGAUAGGUUUCCUGGCUGUGCUCUCAAUCUUUGUGCUGCCUCUUUGCCUGAGUGUGAACAUUCUUGUGAUCAGGACUAUUGAGACUCUACUGGAGCUUUGUAUCAGGUCUUUAGUUUCACCUGCAACAAACACAAGUAACAGCUCUCACAAUGAAACAUUUGUAUAAAAGCAACGGAUGAGAAGCAAAAGUGGUGGCUGUUUGCAACCGGAUCACCAGAUUAAUAUUGCAUGUGUGCUGACAGCAGGUCUACCCGUCGACACCGGUUUGAAUAGAGUGUAAAUAAGCAUUUCUGAGCAGCUAUGCACAUGUGAAGAGUAAUAUGUGGAAACCUGCUGAAAGGUGCUGAGGAGGCAGGUUGAGGCGUGCUUGGAGUAGACACUAAACAGAUGACUGGAAGGCCUGUUUUUUAUUUUUCAGAGCCUUAAGAUUUGCAGUGAUUUGUCAAUACACAAUGGGUUGUAGAAUGAGCAUCUCCUGCAUAAUUAAGUCUAAUCCUGGGGCAAACAGCAUUUUGAAAGUAGUAAUAUGAAGUGUGGUGAAGCUUCAUCACUUAAUCCCUGCAUAAAGCAAUGUAUAAAUAAAUACUGAAUGACUUGAGGGUGUAACACA